CUGAAAACUAUAACUUUACACAGGUAGAAGUGUUCCCGUUUGCGUAUCUGAAUAAACUUAAUCUUUGGGGUCUUACCAAUGGCCACAUGUUGCUCCCAGUUGCGUACGACUUCAAAAUUCUGGGGUGAAGCCCGCGGCCAAAAUCAGCAGUACGCGCGGCCCUUUAUUAUAAGUUAUAUUUUGGCUCGAAUUUCCCCAUCUUCCAACGCCGAAUACUAAGACCUUUCAGACUAGUUUUACGAUAGCCAUGUCGGAUGUGGACUCGGAUGGCGAGGCGCCUGGCCAGGAAACGGGCACCAGUGCACUGGAUGAGUUCCGGGAGAGCUGGCAGCGUGAGCUUCAAGGUCAUCUAACCACAGAAUCCAGAAACCGAUCUGAGUCUGGAGAUCGCCUCAAGGCGGCCAAUUCCAAUCUCAGCGAGGCAGAUCUCCUUCAGGCCAAGGCGGAGAGUCUCUAUCGGACCGCCGUUCAGUUGGAGCAGCGUGGCAAGGUGUACGACGCACUUCCCUUUUACCGGAAGGCCACGCAGAUCGUUCCGGAUAUUGAGUUCAAGUUUUACGAGCAGCAAAAGCUCAGCAGCGAUGUCAACAAAAAGUAUCACAGUUUGGCCAGCGAUCUGGCUAAGCAGCUGGAUCUGGGACAGCCCGAGACUUCGGUAGGCGGCGAGGAGGCAGUAGACAACCUGUACGAUAAGUUCCAAAUGGACCUGCGACAGGACAGCAUCUACAAUGGCAAGAUGAUCGCGUCCAGCCGCGAUGCCAGUGUCCUGACCACUGGUCUACACUUUUCCGACCUGCCGCCCGAGAUUGUGAUGCGGAUCCUGCGCUGGGUGGUGUCCGCCCAGCUAGACAUGCGCUCGCUGGAGCAGUGCGCCGCCGUGUCCAAGGGCUUCUAUGUCUACGCCCGGGAUGAGGAGCUAUGGAGGCUGGCCUGCGUCAAAGUAUGGGGCCACAACGUUGGCACCUUGGAGGCUCAGGAUUCGGACAUCAGCAACGUCUAUUACUCCUGGCGCGACAUGUUCAUCCGUCGGGAGCGAGUGCUUUUCAAUGGAUGCUAUAUCAGCAAGACCACGUACCUGCGAAUGGGCGAGAACAGCUUUCAGGAUCAGUUCUACCGGCCAGUGCAGCUGGUGGAGUACUAUCGUUACAUCCGUUUCAUGCCCGAUGGCAAGGUGCUGAUGAUGACAAGCGCCGAUGAGCCGGCACAGGGUGUAUCCAAGCUGAAGCAUCUGCAUAACGUACGGCCCGAAAUGCUCAGGGGACGCUACCGGCUCUUUGGAAGCACAGUCACCUUGGUGCUGCAGAAGUCGCAGGCACGGGGACCGGGACACAUGCGACAGAGGCGAGGCAGUAUCAUGCCCUUAGAGGAGGACUCGUCGCAGUUCCUGAUCGAGCUGCGCAUCACAAGCUCAACCAAGCGACGCUGCACCCAGCUGGUUUGGUCACAUUACACGCUUGUGCAGAAGCGCAACAAAGUAGACACUAGUUCCGAGUUUGAUCUGACGGAGGCCAAAUAUCCGCCGCUGAGGUUCUCCACCGUGAAGAGCUACCACCUCGAUGCCGAUGCACCUCUAGCCUAGAAAUAAAACACUAAGAUUUAAAACACUUUUAGAGAGGGAAAUAAAACGCUCUGAUUUGAAACCCUA